AAGACAAUUCUUACGUGGAGUGGAUCCGAAGCGCUCGUUCGCUCACGAAUCACUGGUUUUUCGUGAUCGCUUCUACGUCUCUGAAAUUUCCCAAUAAAUUUUCCCAGUCUCCCCUGCAAUCCCUUCUGCAACUUUGAAGUUUAAGCACUGGUGUUUCCUCAAUCGCUAUGGGCCAAGUUCUUGAAAAAUUUAAAGGUAAAGAAUGGAAACAGAAGCAGAUACGAAAGAUAACAGACAAGGUGUUUGAUCGAUUCAAGAAUGAAACGGGCAGAGUUAAUUUGACGUUUGAAGAUCUUUAUAUUGCUGUGCUGCUUAUUUUCAAUGAUAUCAAUAAGCGUUUGCCUGGGCCGCACUUUGACCCUCCUUCAAAGGAACAAGUUAGGGAAAUGAUGCAGAGACAUGAUCUCAAUCUCGAUGGAGAACUCAACCGCGAGGAGUUUGUGGCCUUCAUCUCGCAACUAACUAAAGACACCUUCAUCACCGUCAGUCAAGGACUGAUCAUCACUCUGGCCGUGGCCCCCACGCUAGCUCUGCUGACAAAGAGGACGACAGAAGGAGUACCCGUUGUCGGGAAGGUGGUGGAGAAGUUGCCCAGUUCCAUCUACGCCUCCCUCGUCACCCUCACCAUCGUGCUCGUCCAGCAAGCUGCCGAGGCGAAGCAGUAAAAGGGUUUCUCUGCAUUGUAAAUAAAUAUUGCUAGUUUGCUACAUAGUUUAAUUUCUUUUCAAUAACAUGCCAGUAGACUUGACUGUACAUGGACUUAGACACAGCUAUUCUGGCUUUGAGAUGCAAGGUUUCUGGUUUCAUUGUGCAUAUAUUUUAUAUGCUUUCAAUUCUGAAUUACAACUUCGAAACUUCUAAUU